AAAAUACCCACCGGCACGCUUCCCAAUACCACCGCCAUUUUUAUAACCGGCGGAGCAACCGUUGUCGUCACCACCUCGCCGCCUACGGUUCCUCCGCCGCCUCAUCGCCAUCUCUCUCUCUCUACAUAUCUCUCUCCAUUACAAUUUACACCUGCAUUUUCAAAUCUCUCGCUCUCGCUCGCAAUGGCCGACGAUAUCUCCGAUUCUUCGGAGUCCGUGUAUUAUCUCCACGGCGAUCUCGAUCUCAGCAUCAUCGAAGCUCGGUGCUUACCUAAUAUGGACUUACUCACCGAGCAUCUCCGUCGUUGUUUCACCGCGUUCGAUGUCUGCCGCAAACCGACCUCCACUGGGAGAAAGCACCACCACAAGAUCAUCACCAGCGAUCCCUACGUCACCGUCUGUCUCGGCGGAGCCACGGUGGCUCGUACACGUGUCAUAUCCAACAAUCAGAAUCCUGUAUGGAACGAGCACUUCCAAAUCCCCCUUGCUCAUCCUGUCUCACAGAUUGAUUUCGUUGUCAAGGACAAUGACACAUUUGGGGCCGAUUUUAUCGGGAUCGCCUCCGUAUCGGCUCAGCGGGUCAAAACAGGCGAUUUGAUCGACGAGUGGUGUCCGAUUAUCGGAUUGUUUGGGAAACCGCCUAAGCAGCAUGCAGCAAUUAGGUUACGGAUGAAGUUCACCGAAUGCGAAGAUAAUGUGGAAUAUAGUAGUGCUAAAUUUAGCUUACGAGGCUCGUAUUUUCCAAUGCGGCAUGGUGGACAUGUGACAUUGUUUCAGGAUGCACAUGUGCCUGAUGGAAUGUUGCCUGAAAUUGAAUUGGAAGGGGGUAGGGUGUUUCGGCAAGAGAAAUGUUGGGAGGAAAUUUGUCAUGCUAUACUCGAAGCACAUCAUUUGGUGUAUAUAACUGGUUGGUCUAUAUUUCAUAAGGUCAGGCUGGUGAGAGAACCUAGUAAGCCUUUGCCCAGAGGCGGAGAUUUGACUUUAGGGGAUUUGCUCAAGUAUAAGUCGCAAGAAGGCGUUCGUGUUCUGUUGUUGGUUUGGGAUGAUAAAACUUCUCAUAACAAGUUUUUCAUUCACACGGAAGGCGUAAUGCAAACACACGAUGAAGAGACUCGCAAGUUUUUCAAACACUCAUCUGUAAAUUGUGUGUUGUCACCACGCUAUGCAAGCAAUAAGCUUAGCAUUUUUAAGCAACAGGUUGUUGGAACCCUUUAUACACACCAUCAGAAAUGUGUGCUUGUUGAUAGUCAGGCCCAUGGAAAUAACCGGCGACUGACUGCAUUUAUCGGAGGUCUUGAUCUCUGUGAUGGACGCUAUGAUACACCAGAGCAUCGUCUAUUCCGUGACCUCGACACUGUCUAUCAGAAUGAUUAUCACAAUCCAACAUUUCCUGCUGGAGUUUUAGGCCCUAGACAGCCAUGGCAUGAUCUACAUUGCAAAAUUGAAGGUCCUGCGGCGUAUGAUGUGUUGAAAAACUUUGAGCAGAGAUGGAAAAAAGCUACUAAAUGGUCCGAGUUUGGCCGGCGGUUUAAAAAAAUAUCUCGUUGGCAUGAUGAUGCGUUGAUAAAGAUAGAGCGAAUUUCAUGGAUACUCAGUCCCUCUGACUCAAUUCCAAAUGAUCACCCCAUCUUGAGGGUUUCACAAGAAGAUGAUCCUGAAAACUGGCAUGUUCAGGUUUUCCGAUCCAUAGAUUCAGGGUCUGUCAAAGGAUUUCCAAAAAAUAAUAAACUAGUUGUGGCGCAGAACCUAGAAUUUGCCAAAAACCUGGUGGUUGAUAAGAGUAUUCAGAAAGCAUAUAUUCAAGCUAUAAGAUCAGCACAACACUUCAUAUAUAUUGAGAACCAAUAUUUUCUUGGUUCAUCUUAUGCGUGGCCUUCCCAUAAAAAUGCAGGAGCCGAUAAUCUUAUCCCAAUGGAAUUGGCAUUGAAGAUUGCUAGUAAGAUAAGAGCAAAAAAAAGAUUUGCAGUGUAUAUUGUCAUCCCAAUGUGGCCUGAAGGAAAUCCAUCCUCUGCCUCAGUUCAGGAAAUUCUGUUUUGGCAGGGAGAGACUAUGAAAAUGAUGUAUGAAAUUAUUGCUCAAGAGCUACACUACGCAAAUGUUGAAAACUCACAUCCACAAGACUACCUGAAUUUCUAUUGUCUUGGAAAUCGAGAAAAAUACGAUAAAAAUGAGCCAGAUGCAGUCUCUCAACCUCCCAACAGUGGCACAACUGUGGUUUCUGCUUCACAAAAAUCCGAAAGAUUCAUGGUUUAUGUUCAUGCGAAGGGAAUGGUAGUGGAUGACGAAUACGUGAUGUUGGGGUCUGCCAAUAUCAACCAACGAUCAAUGGCUGGUACAAGAGACACUGAGAUUGCAGUUGGUGCAUAUCAGAACCAUUACACAUGGGCGAAAAAGGGAAAACAUCCCCGUGGCGAGGUGUAUGGAUAUAGAAUGUCAUUGUGGGCAGAGCACCUGGGUAUAGUAGAUGACUGCUUCAAGGAGCCUGAAAGUUUAAUGUGCGUGAACACCGUCAACAAGAUUGCCAAAGAUAAUUGGCAAAACUACACAGCUGAAGAGUUUAGGCCCUUGCAAGGUCAUCUCCUCAAAUACCCAAUCCAGGUAGAUAGCAACGGUAAGGUAAGUUCCUUGCCUGGACAUGAAACUUUUCCAGACUGUGGUGGUAAGGUCCUCGGUGCUCCAACAACCCUCCCUAAUGCUUUAACCACAUAAACUCCCCUCAACAAGUUUUGGAGCCACAUUUUUCAGUAACACGGUUAUAUGCAUGAACCUACUGUCUAUAUUGCAAAAUCUAGAAGACCAAUUGGUAGAAUGACCAAAAAUGGUUAUUCUGCAAUUGUGUUGUACUAUACAUAGAUAUUGUAUCAUGCUAUUGAGAAGAAAUUACGGCAGAGGCAUUACUAACACUGUAAUUAUUUGAGCCGGAGUGAAAUUUUGAAAUGAAUCAGAUCAUGAGAGAUUAAUUUUUCCCCUCUA